CUAAAACCCUCUCCUUCCAUUUUCCUGGUGCGGCUAAAACCCUUUUUGUUUACUUCAUCAUCUCCAAUCUCUCUCCUCCUUCAAAUCGCAAAAAUGGCGUCAGUAGCUCUGCGAAACCCUAACUCCAAACGAUUAUUACCUUACUCUUCUCACCAAAUCCACUUCUACUCCUCCGUUUGUCGAGCUCUUCUUUCUCCCAGCUCCUCCAUUGUCGAACAACUUUCCACAAAUGACUCUUCUUCUCUCUCCUCGAUGUGGCGAUCUAUGGCUACUUUCACACGAACAAAACCUCAUGUUAACGUAGGAACUAUUGGACAUGUUGAUCAUGGAAAGACAACUUUGACCGCUGCAAUUACAAAGGUUUUGGCAGCAGAAGGGAAAGCGAAGGCUAUUGCCUUUGAUGAAAUUGAUAAAGCUCCUGAAGAGAAGAAGAGAGGGAUCACCAUUGCAACGGCACAUGUUGAGUAUGAGACUGCAAAACGACACUAUGCACAUGUUGAUUGUCCUGGACAUGCUGAUUAUGUUAAGAACAUGAUUACUGGAGCUGCUCAAAUGGAUGGUGGUAUUCUUGUUGUAUCUGCUCCUGAUGGACCCAUGCCACAGACAAAGGAGCAUAUUCUACUUGCACGCCAGGUUGGUGUACCAUCAUUGGUUUGCUUUUUGAACAAAGUGGAUGUUGUUGAUGACCCAGAGCUAAUUGAAUUGGUCGAAAUGGAGCUCCGUGAACUUCUCAGCUUCUACAAGUUCCCUGGGGAUGAUAUCCCUAUUGUUAGGGGCUCAGCCUUGUCUGCCUUAAAUGGAACAAAUGACGAAAUAGGCAGGCAAGCUAUUUUGAAGCUUAUGGAUGCUGUGGAUGAAUACAUUCCUGACCCUGUUCGCCAACUUGACAAACCUUUCUUGAUGCCAGUAGAAGAUGUUUUCUCGAUCCAGGGACGUGGAACUGUGGUGACUGGCCGAAUAGAGCAAGGCAUGAUCAAAGUUGGCGAAGAUGUUGAAAUUUUGGGUUUAAUGCAGGGCGGUCCAAUUAAAUCUACCGUAACAGGUGUGGAAAUGUUUAAGAAAAUCUUGGAUAACGGUCAGGCUGGUGACAAUGUGGGUCUGCUUCUGCGUGGGCUGAAGAGGGAAGAUGUACAGCGAGGACAGGUGGUUGCUAAACCAGGAAGCACUAAAACAUUCAAAAAGUUUGAGGCAGAGAUAUAUGUUCUCACCAAGGAUGAAGGUGGGCGUCAUACAGCCUUCUUUUCCAACUACAGACCUCAGUUUUAUUUGAGAACAGCAGAUGUUACUGGCAAAGUUGAGUUGCCAGAGAAUGUGAAGAUGGUGAUGCCUGGUGACAAUGUGACUGCUACUUUUGAAUUGAUAUCUGCUGUCCCUCUUGAACCAGGGCAAAGAUUUGCUUUGAGGGAGGGAGGUCGAACAGUCGGUGCUGGUGUGGUUUCAAAAGUUAUCAGCUAAAAUUGCUACCAUUGAACAUAAAGGAAGUUCGUGAUUGCAAUGCGAUUUACACCAGGGAUACUGUGUUUUUGAAGACGGGUCUGAUUUCUUGUACUUUUGAAUUGACAUGCAGAGUAAGAUGUAGGAAUUAUUUAAAAGGAAAUAGAGUUGAUUUCUUUAUCAAGCAAAUUGCUCACUUUGUAGUUCAUAAUAAACACUCAUCAUUCAACCUCUUUGAUGGUUGAGUACAUAAUUUUCUUGGAGUUGCAUAUUUCUUACCA